AUGACACGUGAUCGCGUUGGAUGUUACGCGUUUGUCACAAGUCACGGGAUUGGUUUGAGUGGAAGUCCUUUAAGUGGGUAGCUCAGCCUCUUGACCCUGCUGUUUCUUUCUGGUGUCGACUUCUUCCAGUAUGAGCCAUCCAAGAUACAGCGUGCUCAACCUUUUUGACCCCCUUAAUGCAACUCCAAGGAGUGAAGUCACAACCCCAGACUCGCUCUCAGGAUCCGACAAGGAAAACGCUGAGCCAAGCCACGAAUCCUACUAUGAAUCCGACAAGCUCACGAUGACAGCGUUCUUCAACCGGACUUACAAGACGCAGAACAAGCACUAUUCCCCGGUAGUCCUUAGAACGCGUCUCGUUGAUGUUGGUGACGUGACUAUCAUGGAUGAAACUGCCGAUCUUCUUAACGGGCUCACCAUCGAAGAAGAACCUGAAGAUGACGUAGAUAACGUGUCACUUGUUGAUGAAAACAUGGACCUAGAUGAACAGGACUCACUGGCCACGCCGAUGAACAGUCCCCCGAGACACACGCACAGUCGCUACAUUCCCACGCAAACACCAUCAUCCGAACACACUCCUACUCCUCAUGCUCAGCGCACCCCUCUUGCGGAUAUCUCUUUGGAUGCAACACCUGUUCCGCGCAAAGUAGUAAAAGCCCCCCUAGCUUCCCUCGAAGCUCCAGAUUCUGGCGUGGAACGUUACUCCACACCGGUCACAGCAGUCCGCUCUGGUUACGCUACCUUGGCGCCAGCUGGCUCACCGCUAGCUUCUGUAAUCAAUGCGAUCAACUUCACAGAUCAAAAUGUGCCAUCAAAGGAGGGCAUUCCUCAAUCCGCUACUCCUAUUAUCGUUGUGUCGGGCAUAGAGAGCUUAGGUUCAUCUACGUCACAGCUAUCACCGUCACUCUCGAGCGCUCUCCUCACGCAUACCCACCUCUCUGAGUCGAUGCUCCCUGAAUCUACUGUCUCAUUGUCACCUCCUUCUAAAUAUCAGAUCCAGUCAUCUCCUUUGCGAGACACAUUAGCUGCCCCAGCUGCACGUCCUCGCCCGCGCGCUCGAGCACACACAACAUCUUCGCCAGCAUUUGAUCCGCGUCGAUGCUCUGUGGAUCUCCACUCUUCGUUCAACCUCCAACUCCAAUGCCCUGAAUCGUCUUUCGAUCUUAUGAAUGACAGGAUCUCAUUCUUUGGCGGUGAUACUUAUACGAUUGACGCCGAUGAUUUCGACAUGCAAGCCGAAGAAGAGAUGAUGGAGGCCCUCGCGAAACGAAUCAAGGAGAAGGAUGCAGCGGCAAAACCUAUGGCAGUUGCUGCCUCUCCAGUACCACGAUCUGUGCCUAUCCAGAUGGCGACACAGCCAUCGCCUCCCAUCGUUGCUGCGAAUACUCCCCCCGCAAAUAUGAGAUCCUCCACAAGACGGAGCAGUCUCUCUCCGGGAAUGAAAUUGUCAUCCCCCUCCUCGCAGCCAUCUAUAAUUAUAACACCUAAGGAUGAGGUCUCUGAGUUGCGAAAGCCUUCCACGCCUUUAUCUCCGAUCGACACGACUGUUUGUCCUACACUAUCAGUGACACCACCGAAAGUUUCGCAGGCAUUUGUUGCACCAGUCCCCGCAGCCCCAGUACAUGCCCUCCGCAUCGUGAAGCGGCCCAAGGCACAUGACAGGACAACUUCCGUGUCUAGUGUGGGCUCGUCAUCUACUGGAAGUAGCACCAGCAUGGAGGAGCAGGCAGCACCAGCUGCGCCCCCCGUCCCGAUACACAAACCAGUACUAACGGGGGUGCGCCGCCCCCCUCCCGGGCUUAUGCCUGCCGACUUUAAGGCGAAUAUGUUUUGCAAGCCUGAAGAGGGUGUGCGCCCUUCACUUGGUGUGAAGGGCAAACUCACGAGCGUCCUCGGUCUGCGCACAAAGGCUACCGAGCCCCUCCGUUCGCCUAUUGAGACGUACAUGCCCCCGCCACCCGCACAGACAUUAAAGCUAGCUAGCGGGACGAUUAAAUCGAGGUUAUUAAAGCCAACUGCUUCAUCACUUAGCAAGGUACCGCCAGCGAAGAUACCUACCGCAUCUAAUACCACUGCUGCAUCAAAGACCCUGCGCCCCCCAUCGCGCUUUGCGACUGUGGGCACGGCUUCGGGGCUGCCCCGUCCCACGGGCGGAGCGAUACCUUCAUCCAGGCUUCCAGCGCCCACAUUUAGCGCGCCGAAGUCAAAACUGCCCAGCAUGACCGGGAGUUCGAGCAUGAUCGGAAGGAGUGCCACUAUCCGGAAGAUUUAAGAGGUAAUGGAAAGAAAAACUCGAAACUUGAGGGAGGGGGACGACGCGCAUGGGAUGGAAUUUCACGUAUGUCGAGCAUGUUAUCAUUGCAUUUUUCUUGCGGCAUUUUUUUUCCCUUUGAUUCAACUCUGAUUUGUUCUCUGGUCUCUCACUUUUGUUCUGUAUGUCGUUACAUAUGCCCCGUUUUUUAUAUCACUCACAAUGCAUGCACAUCAGGGGGGUUGUAGAUACGCAUCUUAGCAUGGCGGUUUAGUGUUCACUCAGUUAUAGAAAUCACAGUUCAUGCAUAGAAUCGCCUAGCUAGUCCUGCUUCAGUUGUGUGACAAGGGCCCGGGAGACGUGGAUUGGCAGAGCGUGCCACUAGAACAUAAAAC